CAGAGUUUAGAGUGGUACUCGUUAUAUGACCUGAGAGACUAACGACUGUUAUGAACAAACCCUCAAGAUGUCACAAAUCUGCGUGCAUUUAUCACGGUUUUCUUUAGGUCACAGUGUUUUUACAAGCCGAAGACACGCAAAUUUAAGACCAUGUGUCAGAAGGAUGCUGUCCAUGACAUCACCGCUUAAUGCAAAGCCCGGAAAACCUCCAGAUGAUGAUGAAGCAUCCAAACCCAUCCAGUUCUCAACCAGCAAAGCCAGCCACCGAACCUGGAGAGUGGACCGUACAAUGGGCAGCACAUACCAGCGUCCCUGGUGGAAAGUUCUGCCCAUCAGCAUCAUUGGAGUGGGCUUCCUCGUCUGGUGCAUGUUCAGGAAAGAGAGCGAGAUCGAUGAGUCUCUGGAGAAAAACCUCUAUGAACAUCUACCAGGACUGCUGUCCGAUGAGGAGCAGGAGGACGUCGGCAUCAAAAACAAACCAUCAUAGUGGCUUAAAAGGGACAUUUUCGAUUUGUAAUGUUUAUUUAUAGUUCAGAAGUAAACUUUCUCUCCAAGCUGAGGAUCAUCCAAAUGACUGUCCACACUCUGUGCUCUUUAAAGCGUUUUGUAUUGAAAUGGAUCAUCUGCAGCUGGACUUAAAUCGGAGAUUGUAAGGUCAGCAGCAUUGCAUUGAAAGCAUAAUGUAGAAAAUUCUGAAUUGUAGUUGUGGGGUGUCUGCUAGUUUAUAAAUAUCAUCAGGGAACUAUUGUUGAACACUAUUUUACAGCUCGAGCAUCAAUUUAAACUCAUUUUAGCAUUACAUAAGAGGUCAGGUAAAAGUUAUGGUUUAAAAACAGACUGUGAAAAGUUUUAUUACUUCUGAAAGUCAAACUAAAAAUGGGUGAAGUACUUUGCACUGCUCAUUAAAAACAUGAUAGUUUGCUCUUGUAUUGAUUUUUUCUGAAUCAACAAGCCACUGAAUUUAGUCAUUAUUAGGAUCUAGAACACUUUGUAUAUAAAGUAGUUUGUGUUGGAAAGACUCCAUUUACAGCUUAGAGUUAAAACAUCAUGGCAUCUUAAACCCUCCUGAGGACAAAAUGAACACCGCAAGAAACAUUGAGGUAGUGUUAAGUUUAUUUACAACCAAAUGGCCACAACAGAAGAGAAACCCAAUAUAAUGAUCGAAAUAAAAUGGACACACAUUCUAACCCAUGAAUCAUGCAGACUAGCCAGAGGCAUAUGAAAGUCUAAAAUACAAACUUUAAAACCCUGA